GAGGAAACAGGUGUGCAUACCAGUGUGCACUGAGAGAGGAAGUGCAGGAAGAAAGGAAUGUUUCUCAAGUUUCCAAGGUGACAUGGACACAUGGAGAUGGGGAAUUACUCUGAAGUGACCGAAUUCUUUCUGGUGGGGUUUUCCAGAUACCCAGAGCUCCAGCUUUCUGUGUUCAUGUUCUGCCUCAUCAUGUACCUGAUAAUCCUCCUGGGAAACAGCCUCCUCAUUAUCCUCACCAUGCAGGAUUCCCACCUCCACACCCCCAUGUACUUCUUCCUUGGGAACCUCUCAUUCUUGGACAUCUGCUACACAUCUUCUUUCAUUCCUCCAAUGCUCAUCAUAUUUAGGUCUGAGAGAAAGUCCAUCUCCUUCAUUGGCUGUGCUCUGCAGAUGGUUGUCUCCCUUGGCUUGGGCUCCACUGAGAGUGUCCUCCUGGCCAUGAUGGCCUAUGACCGAUAUGUGGCCAUCUGCAACCCACUGAGGUACCCCGUCAUCAUGAACAGGGUGCUGUGUGUGCACAUGGCUGCGUGGUCCUGGAUCAUAGGCUGUCUGACCUCCCUAGUGCAAACAGUCCUAGCAAUGACAUUGCCUUUCUGUGGAAAUAAUGUCAUUGAUCACAUUACCUGUGAGUUACUGGCUCUUCUUAAACUCACCUGUUCAGAUAUCACCAUCAAUGUGCUCAUCAUGACAGUGGGAAGUAUUAUUUUACUAAUAAUUCCUCUGUUGUUAAUUUUCAUCUCCUAUGUUUUCAUUCUCUCUACAAUACUGAGAAUUAAUUCUGCUGAGGGAAGGAAGAAAGCCUUUUCUACCUGUUCAGCCCAUCUGGCUGUGGUAAUUUUGUUCUAUGGUUCAGCUCUUCUUAUGUACAUGAAGCCCAAGUCAAAGGACACAAAGACAUCUGAUGAGAUCAUCGGUCUGUCUUAUGGAGUCAUAACCCCAAUGUUGAACCCCGUCAUCUACAGCCUGAGGAAUAAGGAGGUGAAGGAGGCCGUGAAGAAACUCCUGAUUAAGAAUCCCUGGACUGGUUUCUUGAGCUCAUAA